UGCAUACCACAAAAACAAAUUCCACCACAAAAACGUUUACACAUAUAUAUAGUACAUAGGGUUGGUCGUAACUGAUGUGAUCAUCCUCAUCAUCUGAAUUGCAUAACAACAAUUGAUCGAGAGGUCUCCCAUGGCGGUGGAUCAUCAACAACAACAACCACAGCCACCACUAUCAUCACCCCACAGGCAUAGGCCACCCAUCUCUCUCCAGCCAUCCCACAAAUCAUCAUCAAGACCACCCUCCAAGCCAGCCAAGCUCCUCCGCCGCGUCCGCUCCGUCUUCAGAUCAUUCCCCAUCAUCACCCCGGCCUCAUGCAAGAUGCCUGGUUCGCUCCAAGGCAUCACCCGCCACCAUGGUGGCAUGGACGGCCACAUUCAUGGUGGCACACGCAUGACCGGAACCUUAUUCGGGUUCCGAAAAGCGAGAGUGAACCUUGCUCUCCAAGAAAACCCUAGGUGCCUUCCUAGCCUGGUGCUGGAGCUGGCCAUCCCCACAGGGAAGCUGCUCCAGGACAUGGGGACGGGUAUGGUGCGGAUUGCGCUAGAGUGCGAGAGACACCCUUCGGAGAAGACGAGAAUCGCCCAAGAGCCGAUAUGGGCGCUGUACUGCAAUGGGAGGAAGUCAGGAUAUGCGGUGCGGAGAGAGGCGACGGAGGAUGACCUUGUGGUGAUGCAGUUGCUGAAUGCGGUGUCGAUGGGGGCCGGAGUGCUGCCUACGGACCACGCUCAUGAUCAUCAGGACGGAGAGUUGACGUAUAUGAGAGCCUUUUUUGAGAGAGUUGUUGGGUCUAGAGACUCUGAGACUUACCACAUGAUGAGCCCUGAUCAGAGCAGUCAUAAUGGCACUACUGAACUAAGCAUUUUCUUUGUUAGAAUCUGAUCCUUCAUCCUGUAUAAUCCAAUCCAAUUUAGCACUCAAUUAAUUUAUGUAUACCACAUAAUUAAUAUAUGUAAAAUUAAUUAAUCUUUG